CACACCCCCCCCCUCCAUCCUUCCAUCCAACACUACUACUUGCCGUGCAUUUUCUAGUCUUGCUGCACUGCACUUCUUCCCAUUUACAGACUAGGAUAGGCACAUCAACUACCGCGUUACCACAACAACAACAUGAGCGACAAGCACAUUGCGACCUUCACCUGGGUCGCCGGGCCGACCACGGUCAACGUCGCCGGAAACUUCAACAACUGGUCAGAAUCCGACACGGCCUUGAUCAGGCAGGAGGAUGGCACCUUCUCGGGCAAGGUCCCCCUUCCUUGGGGUGAGAAGAUCACCUUCAAGUUCAUCGUCGACGGCGAGUGGAAGAUCCACGACACCGAGGCGACCGAGACUGAUGAGCACGGAAACGUGAACAACGUCUACACGGCCCCCUCCAAGUCCGAGGUCGUCGCGGCCCCUGCCCAGGGCGAGGAGCCUUCCCUCACUGCUGCCGAGCCCAAGGCCGCCGCUGCCACCCACGGCACCGCCGAGGUGACCCCUGCCACCCAGCCGUCUUCGGAGCCUUCCCUCGGCGCCGCGCAGGAGAAGGUCGCUGAGCCCGCCACCCUCGAGGCCACUGUCCCUACGCCUGCUGCCGACGCCCCCGAGGCGACCCAGAAGUCUGUUGGCGAGACCGUCUCGUCGCACGCUGGCGCCAUUGGCGGUAUCGCCGCUGCCGGUGCCGCCGCUCUCGGCGGUGCUGCCGUCGCUGCCACCAAGGCCACUGGCAUUGACGUUGCCAAGCCCGCUCCUAUCUCCGUCGAGGACGCCAAGGACCGCGGCAUCGACGUCGCCUCGCUCCCCAAGGUCGACGGCCCUACCGACGCCGUCUCGCCUGCUGGCUCGGCUCCUCCCGUUGACGCUGUCAACCAGCUCCAGAACGUCGUCCAGGGCCUCGACAAGCCCGAGGUUCCGGCCCCUGUCGCUCAGGUCGCCGAGAAGGUCACUGCCCCUGCUACCGGCGUCCCCGUUGUUCCCGUGAACGCUCCUGUUGAGGCCGUUGACGCCGCUGCCACGUCUGCGCCCGAGGAUGUCAGCUCGGCUACCGCUGCUGCCCUUGCCGCCCCCGUCGAGCCCGUCGUUCCUGUCACCGACGCUGCCGCUCCUGUUGCCGACGCUGCCGCUCCUGUCACCGACGCUGCUGCUCCCGUUGUCGCCGCCCCCGAGGCCGUCGCCGCUGACGUUGCCCCUGCUGCGCCCGCCGCUGCCGACAAGGCUGUUGAGGCCCCCAGCUCCAACAAGGGUGCCAUUGCCGGUGCCACUGCCGCCGUCGCUGGCCUUGGUGCUGCCGGCGUUGCCGGCGCCGCUGCCUUUGCCAACAAGGGCAAGGACGCUGCCACCGGCGCUGCCACCGGCGCUGCCAACGGCGCUACUGAUGCCGCCAAGGGCGUUUCCGACAAGGCCACUGCCGCCGUUGGCGGUGUCACCGGCUCUGCCCCCUCCACCCCCGCUGCUCUCGACGGCGUGUCCAAGACUACCAGCGACGCCGCUGGCAAGGCUACUGGCGCCGUCGGUGACGUCGCCGGCAAGGCCGCCGGUGCUGCCAACAAGGCCAUCGACUCCGCCACCGGUGCUGCCAACAAGGCCGUCGACUCUGCCACCGGUGCCGUUAGCGGCCUCGGCUCUGGUGCCUCUGGUGCUUUCGGUGGCGUUACCUCUGGUGCUACUGAUGCUGCCAAGGGUACCGCUGACCGUGCCACCGCGGGCCUCAACAAGGCCGCCGACGCUACAACCGGUGCCGUCUCGGGCGCUGCUUCCACCGCCACUGACGGCGCCAAGUCGGCUGCUGGCGGCAUCAAGGGUGCCUUCGGCAAGGUCACCGGCUCCUCGGCCACUACUCCCAACGCUCCUAGCGGCGUGACCGACUCUGUCAGCAACACGGCCACGGCCGCUACCGACUCGGCCAAGGGUGCCGCCGAUGCCACUACGGGUGCCUUCAGCGCUACCGCUGACAAGGCGACCACCCUCGCCAAGGACGGCGCUGCCGGUGUCACUGGCGGUGCUCAGAAGGCUAGCGACUUUGGCGGCAACGUCUUCAACAAGGCCAAGGACGCUACUGGCAGUGUUUACACGACUGCUGCUUCCACCCCUGGUGCCGCUGCCGGUGCUGCUGGUGGUGCUGUCGACUCGGCCGCUACCGUUUCGAAGGACGCCGCUAGCAACGUCACUGGCGCCGCUUCCCAGGGCGCCACUGCCACCACCGACGCCGCGGGCAAGGCUGUUGGCGCUACCACCGACGCCGCUGGCAACGUCAGCUCUUCGGCCCAGAAGACUGUCUCCGGCGCCUUUGACUCUGCCAAGGAGGCCACUACCCCCGCCGCUAGCGCCCUUGCCUCGACACCAGCUGCCGUCAGCGACGCCGCCACUGGCGCCGUCAACGGUGCCUCCGGCGCUGCCACCAACGCUGGCAACGCCGUCAGCAACUUUGCCAAGGACGCCCAGCAGUCGGUCUCGCAGUCAGCCACUCAGGCAUCCGACGCUGCCGCCGAGCACGCUGCCAAGCUCAAGAAGCGCAAGUCUGGCUUCUUUGGCAAGCUCAAGGCCGCCUUCAAGAAGAACAAGGACUAGACACGCUCCCCCAGCUGGUUUUGGUUUCCUCGGGUCCUUGCGCUUGUCUCUGCCUAAUCAACAAUAAUUCUUGGCGUGCGCAACCCUGCCGCUCUCUCCCACUUUUUUCCUUUUGCACUCUCAUACCCACCACCACACACUCGAGUCUGUACUUGUUGCGAUCGAUAAUCACAGGUAGAUUUUGAUUCAUCUCUAGCGGUACACACAUGCUGUCGUCGUCUUGUUUUGCGUUAUCCUAUUCUUGCGAGUCGUCUGCGCGCGUGCGCAGGCCUGCUGUAAGCUGUAUGCAAUGAAUGGCAAAUGACA